AUGGAAGAGGUCGCAAAGACGGCGACGGCAGCCACCGAUGCCACCGUCAACUAUCCAAAGGGCAUCAAGCUCGUGUCCAUCAUCUUUGCGCUGUGCAUGGCCAUCUUCCUCGUGGCGCUGGACCAGACAAUCAUUGCGCCUGCGCUGGGCACCAUCACGGCGAGGUUUCAGAGUGUCAAGGACAUUGGCUGGUAUGGCUCAGCCUACCUCCUUACCACCACGGCACUCCAGCCAAUGUACGGAGCCAUAUACAAAUUCUUCAACGUCAAGUGGACGUAUCUCGCCGCCAUCUUCAUCUUCGAAAUCGGCAGUCUGCUCUCGGCCGUGGCACCGUCGUCCAAGGCGCUCAUUGUUGGGCGAGCCAUUGCAGGAAUUGGAACGGCAGGCCUCUUCUCCGGCUCCAUUGUCAUCAUCUCGCUGUCCAUGCCUCUUGAAAAGCGCCCCCUUGCCUUUGGUCUCAUCGGCGGCAUGUGGGGGAUUGCCUCCGUCGCCGGCCCUCUCCUUGGCGGUGCCUUCACCGAAAACGUCUCCUGGAGGUGGUGCUUCUACAUCAACCUCCCCAUCGGCGGCCUCGCCAUGCUCAUCGUCGUCCUCAUCCUGCACGUCAACCGCAACUCGGACGCCACGCUCAACAUGUCCAUCCUGUCCCGCAUCCUCGAGAUUGACAUCCUGGGCACCGCCAUCUUCAUCCCCGCCAUCGUGUGCCUGCUGUUGGCCCUGCAGUGGGGUGGUGCCGAGUACGCUUGGAGCAAUUCCAGGAUCAUCGGCCUGUUUGUUGGAUUCGGGCUCAUGAUUGGCAUCUUCAUCGGCAUCCAGCUGUGGAAGGGCGACAAGGGCACGCUUCCGCCGCGCAUGUUCAAGGACCGCAAUGUGCUCUGUGCCAUGCUCUUUAGUCUCUUCUUCGGCGCCGGAUUCUUCCCUCUCAUCUACUAUCUCUCCCUCUACUUCCAGGCUAUUCAAGGCGUCAGCGCCGUCACGGCCGGUAUCAAGAUCUUGCCGCUGCUCCUUUCGAGUGUCUUCACCUCGAUCCUCACGGGUGGCCUCAUCUCCGCCAUCGGUUAUUACAACUUCAUCGUCUGGCCAUGCAUGAUUCUGUACACUGUCGGAACUGGCAUGAUCACGACCUUUGCCGUCCACACUCCGCUCAAGGAAUGGUUCGGAUACCAGGUCCUCGCCGGCUUGGGUAUCGGAGCUGGCUUCCAAGCCAGUGUUCUGGUGGUUCAGACGGUGCUUUCUCAGGAAUGGGUUCCCAUCGGCACUGCUUGCGUCCAGUUCUUCCAGGUCCUGGGAGGUGCAGUCUUCGUUGCUGUUGCUCAGACCCUCUUCCAGAACGGCCUCAUCGACCAGCUUGAGAAGGACAACCUCGGUAUCAACCCCCAACUCUUCAUCAACAGCGGCGCUUCCGAGAUCAAGUCUGUGCUUGCAGGCAUCGACCGGCUGGAUGCCUUGGACGCCGUCCUUGAGGCGUACAUGCUCGGCCUGCGUCACACGUAUUACAUUUCCGUCGCAUGUGCAGGCUGCGCAUUCUUGUGCUGUCUGGGCUUUGAAUGGAGGUCGGUCAAGAAGGGGCCGGAUGGUAAGAAGCGCGAAAUAGCGCCGGCCAUGGUGUAA